UGUCUCGGAUCACGUCCUAGACCGCUCUAUUGAAUCAUUUGUUGGCUGAUAUCCAGCUUCUGUUAACUAUCUCCACAUUUGGCGGGCUUCUAACAUUGCAUUUAUUUUUUCGUUUAACUAUUUGUGCCCUAUUUCUAGCUGACAACUGUGUAUAGCUGACAACUCUGUGUCCGGUUGGAGACGAUUACCCUUUAGAUUGGUUAAUGUUUAGACUAAAAAGACAUGAACGCAUAAGAAUGUGUCUUGCUAGUCAUUGUUCCUGUCUUGAUAUUCUUUGUGUCAUGAUAGGUCUUGUUUCUAUCUUGAUAGGCUUUAGUAUUUCUGACUUCACGGGACUUGGUAUCUAUGUUAAGAUAGCUAGAGCUCUGUUUUUUUGAUAGCCAUGAUAUUUCUGUUUUGAUAACUACGAUAUUUCUGUUUUGAUAACUAUGAUAUAUCUGUUUUGAUAGCUAUGAUAUUUCUGUUUUGAUAACUAUGAUAUAUCUGUUUUGAUAGCUAUGAUAUUUCUGUUUUGAUAGCUAUGAUAUAUCUGUUUUGAUAGCUAUGAUAUAUCUGUUUUGAUAGCUAUAAAAUCUGUUUUCAUAGCUAUAAAAUCUGUUUUCAUAGCUAUGGUAUUUCUUUUUUUUUUAAAUAGCAAUACUACCUCUGUUUUGAUAGCAAUAUUAUAUCUGUUUUAAUAGCUUAGCUAUGGUAUUUCUGUUUUGAUAGUCAUAGUAUCUCUGCAUAACAGCCACGAUAUCUGAUUUUUAGUUUAGUGGUGUCAUUUUCCUGAUAGUCUAUAGUACACUUUAACAUACUCACAAAUAAAUAAAUCAUAGUUCAAAUAUUGUCUUCGAAAUGAAGCAUAAAAAUAUUUUUAAGUAGGAUGGUUUAAAUUUUAAGGAGUAAAAAAAAUGCAAAUUUUAUAUUUUAUUUGAAUUUCAAUAGUGCUAGUGCUGUUUUCAACUUUUUUUUAUUGAUCUGUCAUCACCGAUUAGUAAUUUGUGCGUGCUUCUAGAUUGUAGGGUAGCUGACUUCAUACCAAUAACAUUAGAUCAGUUAAUGAAAUAGAUCUCCAAAAUUACGUAACAUACUCAAAAACUUUGCAUUAAAGAUUUUUAUUCAUCUCAAAAUUGAGAUAAAUUGACUAUAAAACGAUUGCAGCAUUGUAUAUCAGAUCAACAUAGUAAAAAGCUAAUCAACCAACACCUUUUCUAGUGUGUUGAAAGGCUGGUGGCCCACAUGUCAUAAUGUGCAGCUCUGACUUCGAGAUAAGCAGACUAGCAAACACACCGAGAAACGAACAGCUUUACAAUCCCUACCACUACCCUACGAUGGCCCCAACCAUUCCAACCGUAACGCCCCUCUCCUCCCUUCUCAUAUCUUGACUCUCUUUUCCACCAGAUAAGUAUUGAGGGUUGGUUGAGAACACCCCUGCUGUAGGAGACAAAGUCAUGUGAUCCUACCAGUUUGCGCUAGGUACACAAGAGGUUCAAAGGCGGACUCUCGAUGGAGUCUUUGCCGAAGAUAAACAAAUAAAGCUGAUGUUGGACUAGAAAUGCUGUCUACAUUAAACUCUCACAAUAAUUGUACAGUGACAAACAAACGAAUCUAUUUCAGUUAUUUCAAACCUUUACAUUUCUUUUCGCUAUUUCUGUUUCUCUUUUGAAACAUUACCGCUACUUUGUCACCUUUAUUUUGUCUCUUUUUUAGUCACAACUUUGCUAUCAGUAAUCACUUGAACUACGCCUCUGGAGAUAACAAAAUUUGUAGUAGUUUGACCAACUUGAGCCGUGAAGAAAAACCACCGAAGGCCUUUACCUAAACGUAGAAAUGUAUUUUUUAAAAGUUGUUUAAGGACACACAGAGAUAGCCCAUUUGUUCAUAGAUAUGACAUUUUGGUCAAAAUUCUCUCUGGUUUUAGUUAUUUGUUCAAGUCACUCCGCUGAUAGUGAAGAUAGACUGUCCUAGUUUCUGUAAUAGAAAAUUUAAAACAUCGCUAGUUUGUGGAUGUGUAUUUGUUUUAGACAAAGCCUGUGUUUAUUUUUUUCUGAUUUGAUUUCCACUUUUACAAGUAUUGAAUCGUUGGUUUCAGCAUCCGCGUGUUUCUGUGUGUUUGACGUCGGUAUUGACACGGCAGUGUGUCUGAGAUUAGGACUUACACAUCUCUUCAACAACGUUCAGAUAUGCCGCAAUAAUCAUGGAUUUGAAAAUAAGGAGUUCAGACUUUCAAUUUAGACUUCCGAUGGAAUUAGUGUAUCAUUUGGCCCAUCAGAUACGAUUGAGUGUUGCACUAUAUUCUCCCAAGUCAGACAUCAUCAUAAAACAAAAGUCUGAAUGUUUGGUUCAACACUGCAAUUUUCUUUGAGUUCUACUGUGAUUAAGUCUAAAAAGUAGAAACUUUGCGAUUCAAAGUGAGCAAAAUAAACAGGAAGAAAAAGUUCUCGUGAGACCUUACACUUAGACAAAUGUUUCUGUUCCAGUCUGAUCAAUAGAGACUUUUUUCUAUACAUCAACAAACUAAUAUUAUCUCUUGUCAAUGAUUUCGUCAGUAUUGUCCAUCUUAACUGCUGUAUUUCAAUUACAUCCAGUGGUGAAAGAGAUUUGUCAAAUGUAAAUUCUGGUCUGUCUUGACCAAAUAAAAACAGAAGAAAGACAAAUAGAGGCUUCUAUCAAAGGAACUAAGGGUGAAAGGAUAAGAACAUAGACUCAGAUAGGAAUGGCCUGUUAAAGACUUGUAUUUGGGAAGCAAUUUGGUUAAUUUCUAGUCAAGUUGUGGACUGGGUCAAGUCCCAUUGAUUCAUUCGGACUUCUUCAAAAGAGCAGACGAUAGUUUAUGCCACUAUUUCAUCUUCUCCUCUUUCAGAGUUCAACAAAGAGAUCUCGCGACCAAAUACAAUCUUUUCUAAGCGCGUUGGAUAUUGACGCGUGGAGUCUGUUGCUGCUCCAACAGCUUAUGGCCGAAGCCCACUGGUCUAAAUGUUGCUAUAGAUUGUGCAUCGAUUUGGGCAGGAGAACUCUUGCUGUUAAAACGGGAGAUAACCUUCAAAGAAUAAAAGUUGUAUUUCUGCCCACGACGAUCUCAUCUUAAAACUUGUUUGUUGUAAAGGAAACUAUUUGUCCAAGUUUCUGUUCUAUCAUUGUUAUGCCCCUUGCAACCAUGCAGGAGGAAGUACAGGAUGAUAGAAUGAUGGGCCAAUGGACAGCUGUUCACAACCGUCCUUCAAACAAAAUACUUUACGAGCACACAGAGACAGAUCCAGUGCAUAACACCUACAGCGACCUGUCACUAGAGGAAUCAGCACGUGAUUUACUUACCUCACCGGCUGAAUCCCACGUUCAUCCCCAGCAUCAUAUAACUCACCUACGCCACACACAGCAUCACCAGGAGCGGCAGAUUCUGGAACCCUCACAACUACAGUACGUGCAGCAAUCCCAUUCGACUUUCAGCACACUACCGGAAACUCCCCUUGUCAGCCAUUAUGAUUACGUCAACGAAGGAGUUUCAGUUUUGAUAGCCCAGCCUUGUUCGGACAUGAGAAGUGGACCUGGAGCAAGAGGAGGAAGCCGAGUGGAGGAAGGACUAUCCACCAAAAGAGGCUGGAAAAGGAAAAAGGAAGACAAAAAUGAGGAAACAUCUCGCCAGCAGAACAAACUGGAUAGUUCACAGAGAUGUGACGUGUGUGGAGAACAAGCAAGUGGUCACUAUUUUGGAGCGCUGGUUUGUUUACCUUGUAAGAGUUUUUUUAUUCGGUGCACUAAAGAUGGGCGACCUAACUUCAGCAACCAGUGUGGUGGAAAAUGUGAUGUGUUAAAAGGUGGCCGUGUUCGAUGUCAACAUUGUAGAUUUCAGAAGUGCAUUCACGCUGGCAUGUACAGAAAAGAAAAACCAGAAGCAGUGGAGCCAGCUGAGGGCCAGCUACUGUGCAAAGUGUGUGGAGACAUAGCCAACGGGGUGCAUUUUGGUGUGACUACUUGUGAAGGUUGCAAGAAAUUCUUUCGCCGUGGCCUGAAGGAAAAUAAAUCUUACACCUGUAAGGCCAAUAUGCACUGCUCCAUCAACCCUCGAAUGAGGAACAAUUGUCGCUAUUGCCGUUACCAGAAAUGUCUUUACGAAGGAAUGUCCAGAGAAGCUAUUAAAAUGGGACGACCUAAGAAAGGAGAAAUCCCUUAUAGAAAAACAGUGAAAAAGAAUGGAGUAAAACAGUUAACUAAAUCAUUUGACAAACAAGCUUCAAGUUCCAAUAGGUCAUCAUUGUCUAGUGAAUAUGACCAAGAUGACAUGUCCACUUCUGGAGAUGUUUUUGACAACACCCAGUCUCAGCAAAUACAUUUGAGUCAGCAACCGCUUCAACAACAACAUCAGCACAACACUUUUAGUCUCGGCACAUUAUUACAUGAUUGUAUGACUGUCGAAGACUGGGACCAGAAAGUGGAAAUGACCGGACUUGAAGCUCAUCAUUCUUCAGCUCAUUCUGUUACGACUUCAACAGCUGUGGUUGACAUUAACGAAAAUGUCACAACAGGCGUUCGACAGAUCAGUCCACUAGUGAGAAAUGUUCAACAUGAAAUGGUGAGCAUAAACCAUUCCCAGCGGAUUCACCCUCAACAGCAGCAGCAAGAUCACCACCAAAUUCACCUUCAUCCCAUUCAUCCACGACAACAGCAGCAAUUGGAUGAUAUAGAGGAACUUCCUAGAGCUGCGCAUCACCAAAUGAACUCAUUCCAAGAGCAUAAUCAAAACACAGAAAAUUACCAGGUAUUGCCAGGGCUUGACUUUGAUACUGGACAUGAACUGCCUGAGAACAGGGCAAUUAAAGUGGAAAGUGCAUCUAUUCAGGAUAAUGUUUCAGGCUCGCUUACUGAAACUGUUAUCCUCGAAAAUAUGCAAAACAUUCAAGGACUUAAAGAAGAAUACCAUUCUCGAGGACUUAAAGAAGAAUACCAUUCUUUCACAACCCAUUCUGAUAACAAUGCAGCUUACAGCUUGGCAGAACAGAGAGCUGCAACUGUACUUGCCAACUGUGCAACUGUAUUGCCAGUCUCCCCGCUCGAGUCACAACUCGUUGCUAUUAAUAUGUAUUCACCAAACAUAAUUUACACCCCCCAAGGCCAAGAGUUAAUUAUCAUUCACAAUACAAACCAAUCUCAGUCAUCUGCCAAUAUAAUUUUAAAUCAGGAUAAGCAAGACUCUUCGAAUAUAAAUAUGGAUCGUACACUGGAGCGGACUAGUCAAGAGUUGAACCACGCCCAGGAUCACCAAGGUCAUCUUGUUGACAACCUCACCGUGUUAAAUCAAGCAAUAAUCAGAUCCAACCCAGUCAUUGAUAAUGUUAGUGAUAAUUAUCAUGGUUUAUCACGAAACAGUAUGUUCAAUGAUAUCAGUGACCUUCAAAAUCAACAAUAUUCCAGUGAAAGUAACUCUGCAGAGUCUCCCAAGCAUAUGCCAUCUCCAAGAUCCAGACAACUAAAUGAUGAUGGUAAUGAGUCGAGCUAUACAGUUUUAUCAUCCAAAUGUAAUAUUUCGGACUCAUUGCCAACUAAUCUUUCUUUUUCGUCUGAUACUGCUCGGUUUAAGCGUCCAGGGAUACGAAGUCCUAUUGCUGCAAUUCUUCAGCAGCACAGAGAAGCAAUACAAGCGGGUCGACCUGUGCAUCUUUCAUCUGAGGAGAUUGAAGAACUUCUGAACACUGUCAAUUCUGAUCAGGCUAGGGGAACUCAACGAUUAAUAAACAAUCAUUCACUGUUUGCGAGAAAUCAAAGAGAUGUCAUCGAUCAAGUUAACCUUAAUAUUCAACAGCAAUCAGCCAAUGCUUAUGUUGUUGCUGACAAUCAACAAGAAGAAACAUCUCAACAAUUUCAUCGCCAAACAGAUGACGUUAGGCAUUAUCUUAAUAAAAGUCCUUAUCCAAAUAUAAACCACUUUACUGGUGUUGAUUCGUUGAAUUCAACAGUAAGCCAGGACAGACAAUUUGAGACACAUUCUCAGGCUAACUCAGGCAGUGCAGUUGUACAGGAAAUGCAGAGAUGCAAUUUCUCUAAUAACAAUAAUAACCAAAUCAGUCAUUAUCUAUCCCUCGACAACACUGAUCAGAUGAAUGACCUAGAGCCAUACGAUGACAGUUUCAAUAGUAGUCUUUUUAGGGACUCUACACUUCUCCAUGAGAUCAACAGAAUAUUUCUCGGCAUUGACAACUCCUGCAGCACUUAUGGAUGUAAUAGAAGUGAGAUAGACAGAAGUAGGACAGAAGAUGGAACUAUAUAUGCUCUCUUAUCUCCAGAUGAUUACUCCCCAGAAAUCUCUCAUACAUAUUGGCAUGGUUUUCAACAAAGUGACCAACCCAUUCACAUGACACCGGACAAGGAGAAAAUUAUCAAGGACGUUUUAGACGCUUUUGAUAAUUUGCAGAAAACUUAUGUCACUAAUGAACCAGAAUACAUUAGUAAAAAGAUUCCACAAGACCAAUUAGAGCAUUGGCAUCAUAUACAGAGAAGAAUAGCAAGACAUGUAGUUGCAGGACAAAGAUUCUGUAGAAAUAUCCCAGGUUACUUUAAGUUGGAUAUUCAAGACAGAAUUUCACUGGGAAAACAUGUCGGAUUUGGGUUGAUGGUUCUCAUUGCUUGCACAGAGUUUUAUGAUUCUGAAUACAGACGCUUUAAGUACAUUUGGAACUGGACAAUGCCAAUGCAGAAUCCUUUACAUUCUUACAAAGUGCAUUUGUUAGACCUUGGUGACAGAAUCCAUGACAUUGAAAUGGAUAGAACGGAGGCUUCAAUGUUAUGUGCCAUAAGUAUGACAAGUAUAGACUGUCCAGGGUUAGUUCAGCCAGACAUUGUUUGUAUUGUCCGAGAUGUUCUAUUAGAUGCACUUAAAGCUCAUAUUGCAACCAAAACUGUGUCGACCAAACGACUACAGGAUUUACUGAGUAUUAUGCCUCAAGUUCGUCUGAUGACUGUGUGGUACAACAACUUAAUGAAGAAAAUGUCAGUUCCUUCGGAUCUUAUUAACAAUAAAAACAAGUUGCAACCUUAAGAUGCUAUUGACAAAAAAGUGAUAAGUGAUUGCCAAUAGUGUGAUGCCAUCAAUAUAUUGAACACAAGAUUCUUCCUGUUGUACUCAUUGAUCCAAUGGAAGAGUUUCAACCCAAGUCUUCAGUUCUGUGCAUCCAAAUAUGGAACAAAAAAAACAACAUGCUAGAGCCUUAAAAAGUUAGAUGUCAACAAAACACAUUUUCCAUUUUUAAAGAAAUGUGUACUAUAUAUGUGUGUGUAUGUGUUUCAAAAAGCUCCAGUCUGAUAUGAAAAUAAUUUAUCGCACACUUUAACUAUAUUUAGAGGAUUUUUUAAAUGAAGACCAUAGGCAAAAUAAAAGUAUUUUCAGUUUUGACUUCUGCUAUUCAACAUUGAAAGUAGUUAUGCAAAAAUAAGUGUGUGACAAGGUUUAGUUGAGUAAGGUUUAAAGUGGUUAGUUCUUCCCUUCCAUCUAAUUAGAAUUAUUUUUUAUUUCUUAUUGUGGAUUCUAUCUGAAACUAUGAUUAUAGAAAUAAAUGUUCAAAUAUAAGCUGUGUUAUUAUAUGGUGGUUAUGAUUACAUACAAAUUGUAAUGCAUCCCAUGACCAUCCAUCAGUGUCCACUGUCAUGCAGUUUAUACUUCAACCUACAUUUACAUGAAUAGGCAAAAUAAAGAGCAAAGAAAUUCGUUGUUCAAAAUAUUGUUCUUUAGGCAACUGGAAACAAAAUAUGGUCUGACAAGUUGCCCAAAAUUUAUUGCGCCAUGGGCGUAGCCGGGGGUGGAAUUUUGUGACUUGUUUUGCUUUAAUUUUUUAGAUUGUAAAGGAGAUUUUAAUGUUAAAGCAUCACUUGCCCCAGCAUUGCCAAAGGUGUUUGAGUUAAAAAAAACAACAUCUUCAAUUUUAAAAAUAUCUAAAGCAAACUAUGGUCACCCAAUUCCAUAAGCGUAGACAAGGAGGAUUUUGAGUUAAUCCCCCCCUUUCCAAAGGGUUUUGAAGUUGAAACCACUUUCCAAUCAAAAGUAAAGCUACUAAAUUCCAUUAGCGUAGCCAAUAAGGGUUUUGUGGUUACCCCCUACUGCCAGUUGCUGGAACCCAUUGAUAAAGUAAAUCUACGAGAAUUCAAGCCACAGACUUACAAACUAAAGCAAACUAUAGUCGUUUGAGGUUCAAUCCUACCGCAAACAGUAUUGAACCUCAAAUAAAACAUUUUACACAUUGAUUUGUUUUUUAUUAGAAGAGUAGCAGGAUAUUGCGCUGUAGAAACCUCAGAAUGUGCAUUUUUUUAAAGUUUAAUUACAGAAAAUAAUGCUUAGCGGCUCACAGAGCUCCCCCAGACCCCUAGCUGACAAGAGGUGGUGUCCGCUAGUUCCGUAAGGAACUUAUUCUGGAGUACAAAGGAUGUCCGAAAAAAACUUACAUGUCUAUCCCCAAAUGAAGAAAGUCAAGACAGUUGGUGCAGAGCUACAAAACAAGAUUUCAAAGGGUUUCACACAAGGUGGCCUCCAACAGGAGGGUCUUUGGCUCGACUUAGUGGAGCCUUUAGGAGACCGCAUUAUUACUAAGCAAGCUGUGCUUUACCCGAUCUUGCUCGGACGGCUCCUAUCUAGUUUUCUAGAGGGGAAUACUUGAUCAAUUAGACAAAACAUAACUUAGAGAUCUAUUAGAUAGCAUUAGUUAAUUCUAUCUAAAUGUCAAUGGAACCGCACUGUUAGCUUCUUUUAUUAAGAAUAUGAGGAUACUUUAUUCUGGUGUAUACACCAUCUGCAAUCCAGGGCCGUUCCUUUAUGCUUGCUCUCCAUCAGGAUCUUAAAUCUUGAAUAACUUCAAUACUAUACUUUAAGUACAAAUUUCACCUGGUUUUGAAUUAAGCCUAUUGGCUCAGUAACUAAGCGCUUUGCUAUUUAGUCGCCUUGCUUCUUUGUUGUUGUUUUUUUUAAAAGAGACUCUUGUAAAUUGUGUUUAUUUUAGUCUUCUAAGUAUCUCAGUUUAUCUUCUAUAUCAUCUUCUAUAUCUUCUGUCAUCUCUUCUAGUAUUGGUUGGUGUAGACAUAUAUUUCGAAAUAUUCUAAAAAUUUUGAAAUCUAAAUACAAAACAUCCUUUCCAUUGGAUUUCUUUGUUUUUAUUCAUGAUCAGCUAGUAUUUAGCUUUGAAAUCAUUAUGAUCAGCUAGUGUUUAGUUUUGGCAUCAUUACUGCUAAUAGUGCCGAUUCUUGUUGUUAAUUACUUCAAAAGAACACAUUUUUCAUAAAUUUUCUUGCACAAAAAAUUUCGCUUCCAUCUUAUAAUUCUACCUUCUUCCUAAAUCUAUUUACCUAUUUGUUGACUAGGUUUCAAAGUGAGAUGAGAAGUAAGGAAGAAUUAAAAUAAGCACGACAUCGUCUCAUUGGAUUCCUAGAGAAGAAAUGUGAUCCCAAAAAAAGCAGCUUUACAAUUCACUGGAUUGGAUGUUUACAUCUUCCAAUAAAUUUCCUGAUCUAUCUUGCUAUUGAAAACAACAAUCCUAACAAAUACAAUGCUAUAAUCUUAUCACUUAACAUGAUCAUGUUUUAAUCUCAGAGAAAAUCUGAUUUAUAUAUAUAUAUAUAUAUAUAUAUAUAUAUAUAUAUAUAUAGAUAGCUCCUCCUUCGUGGUCGAAGAUGAGCACAUUUCUCAUUUCCUAUGGACUCGAAGAUGGCUGUAAAGUCCAAUCCUGGCUUUAAAAAGCCAGCCACUUAUGUGGCAUGGGUGGGUUAGGUCAGUUGCAGAUAGUCCUGCUUCUUCUCUCAGCUUUAUAUAUAUAUAUAAAUUGUGCAGUGAUUAUUUGAUUAUUCUGAAUUAUCUACAAGCUUGUGCCAUUGCAAUGAAAUGACAUGGGGGAACUUUUGGGCAUUCUGAUAGGUAGCCACUAUUCAGACCAUCUUCUCUCAUAUCUAUGUGAUGCUUACACAGAAAACAAAUUGUACUGACAGAUCAACACAAAUGUUUGUAAAAAAAAAUAAUACUUUUUUUCUUUGUUUAUUUAGUAUUUUAUUAUUAUUAUUUAGAGAACUAAAUUCUAGAAAUUAGAUUUAUAGAUAGGCCUACCUAGAGUGCACUCAACCUACUCAAAUAUUUAUAUUUAAGAUAUCAUGACUACAAAAACAUUUCCAGUCGCAUAUCAUAAUCAUAAUAGCUAAACAAUGGUUGCAUCUUCUUCAAAAUGUUUUUUCAGAUAGAGUUUUUUCUAUGUGAGUAUAUUUUUCUUUUGUCUUUAGUUCUUAUACUAAUUUAUAUUUUUAUAGUAAUCUGUUUUAUGUUGAAAUGUAUUUUGAUUUUGAAUAACAAAACAAAUUAUUGUGCUUUUUAAAAGUUCUUUUCAAAAGUAGUUUUACAGUGUUUGAACUACUUUUUGCUUGUUAAUUAUUUUUGUGUGUGUGAUUCUGUAAGUGCCAUAGAGUUUUUGUUGACUUGACUCUUGCUUGUGAUAGUUAUGUAAAAAGAAACUUUUUUUAAAAUGCAUUAUUGUUGGUCUACAUGGUAACAACAAAUAGAUCUAUCAGAUAAUUCUUAAGGAUCCAUAUUGAUCACUUUGAAGCAUCAGAUGCAAUUGCUAACAAAAUCUAUUUCAAAAUGUAGAUAGAUACUUUAUUCUUUAUAUAUCGUAAUUCAUUUUUACCCAACUUUGACUUUCAUAUCCACUUAUUAAACUAUAGAAAAGAUAGAUAAUAAUAUCUAUAGAAUUAUUUCAAUACUAGAAAUCAAAUAAGUAAGUAGUAUAAAUUCUAUAAGAUAAACAAAAUGCAGUAUAUUUUUUUUUCCAUACAAAUAGUUUCCUUGGGAAAUUGUAGUGAACAAAAUACUUAGUUCUAUAUUGUACUUUUCACGGUAUAGAUUCUUACAAAGUUUGACUAUCAACAAUAUUUUUCUACUGCUGAAUUCUACAUGAUAUCAAUGGUGCCAAAUUUGUUUUGUUAUUUGUUAAAGUUCAGUCUAUGUUAUAAACAAAUUACUGUAUAUUUUAUUGUGUUUUUUUUUCUCUUUUUCUUUUACUUGUUCAAAACCAGUGCCAUUAUUUUUUUUUGUUAUUGCUUUAUUUUUUUAUUGUAAUCUUUCGCCAAUAAAAAAUAAUUACAUUUUUUACUUAGCAGAUUUCUAUUCAUUUUAUAUUGGUGGCCUUAAACAAAUGAAUAAUAAAAUGCAUGUCAUUUUAGUAAGAAAUGUAUAAAAUUGUUAUAUAAAACAGAAAAAUAUGUCAACUAAAUGGAUGUUUUCAAAUGGUACUUGGCUGCUAUGUUCUAUACAAUACUGUGCCAUUAGUUUGUCAGAAUCAGUGAACAUUGGAGUGGGAGCAUAUUUUAAGGCAAUUAAGUUUUUUUUCAACCAUUUUUAGUUGACAUUAAAGUUCUUCAAACAGAAAAUAGAGAGAAAAUAGAUAACAUGGAUUCUAAAAAGUCAAGUUGAAUAUUUAUACACAGAUGCCCUGCUUUUUUUUUUUUUUUUACUUUUCUCUGCUAGUGGUGCAUUCAGACUCCACCAUAUUUUGAAAUCACACUUCCGGUAAAACAAAUUGGUGGAGUAUGGUUGGGAGUGGCUCAUCAACUUUUCUUCUCCUGGACCUCAACUGAAUCUUUUCUUAAUGCUUGUGUUUCACAGUUCAUUACUUCUUCGGGUCAUUCUGUCUUUUGUGCUUUUCAUUUUGUGUUCUUUGCUUUGUGUAACUCUGCAAGAAAAUCAUUAGAGUUCAAUUAUCUUUGGUAUCUAAAUAAUAGGUCUAAAUGUUUAGCACAAGUCUCGCACUUCUUGAUAAUAUUAGACAUUCAAUUAGUCAAGUGUUAUGCGAAAUUGUUCUUUGAAGGCAUUUAGAUGUGCCUCAAGCCUAAGGUCUAUAUGACAAAGAAACUCUGCUUGUUCAUAAGGUCUCGAUACUUGUGUAUUCUACUUUAUCUGUGAAAUUUGUAUUUUCUUUUCAAUUGAAGAACUGGCCUAUCACAGAACUUUAAAAAUAAUUUAAAGUGAUAGCAACUGCAUUUUUUCGAAGUAAACAAAGUGCUGGUUAGAUUCACUUAUCUCAGUGCACAUGUUGGGUCAAUAGGAAAGAUGCCACAUUCUGCAUCCUAAGCGACUAAAGCAAAGAAAAUUGUACAAACCUAAAUUGUAUUGUCUGAUCUGUGUGUCGUGACUAUUAGAGAGAGAAGGAGACGCUAAAUGUGUUUGAUGGCCACUCUAUGUCCCUCAAACACACAACCAGGCCAAGCCACUCUUUCUAGGCCACUCCAUGCUGUUCCUCAUGGAGGAUGCACCUGUGGUGGUGACUUUCUCUUACAAACACAUAAGAAAUCGAUGGAUAGCAGUGUGUUGCAUAUCUGGUGAAUGCCACUACCUUUUUAUAGUUGGCUGGAUGUGUGUCGCACCAAAGUUUUCAAUGUUUGAUUUGAGUGAAUUGGAAACUAAUCAUCAGGUGUUUUUGACCCAAUGCUGAAUAGAAGAAUAGUAACAAGUAAACUAAAAAAACACUUUUUAAAAAAUACCUUUAUGGGUGGGGAUGGCUGUUUUGUAAGAGCGAUUAUUAUCUAAUGUAUGAUAGAUUUAAACAAAAUUGACAAUUUUUAACCCGCAUCAAUUUUUCCUAUCUAUGAAAAAAAUCCUAAUAAAGUGCAAAAAAAUGUUCCUAAACGUCUAUAUAUUUAUGAAAGUAUUUAAUGAGGCCUACAAGCAGUGUGCAAGCCUACAUCUCUUGCCAAAUUUUAAUUAAUUUAUAAUGUGCAACUUGAAUAGACAUUACAAAAAGGGUGAAAUUAAUCCUAAUUGAAUGCUUACUGAGAAUUUAAUUUUUCUUAAUUUCAUAUGACAUGUAAUUUUCAUUCUAGGGUAUUUUCUUCUAAAUAAGUGUUAAAUAAUGUUGACAGUACACAGUAAGGCCAUUCCAUUAUCAAAUACAACAUUAAGAAGAUUUCCAUUUGUUCAAUGUUGCCACUUAAAAUGAACUGUCUUAAAUGCUCGAAUGUAGCACUUCAUUUAUUUCAAUUAUUAGGCAGUAAACACAUAGUUUCAAUGGAAAUAGUCAAACCUCCAUUUUGCUCUUCACUACUGUAAAGUUGGAGUAAUAAAAUAUGUGCAUAUUCAGUUUUUGAUGUAUUCUUCAUUUGGUCUAGCUGCUAUAGCACUCAUCAUAUUAGAUGACAACAACAAAAUCUAUUAAUAAGUCGCCAUUGAAAUAUAGAUAUAACUGUCAGUUUCACUAAUUAGUGUAUUUUGUGAAAAUAUUGCCUUUACUUUUUCUUUUUUAUUUAACCUUCAACUUUAUUUUGACUAUCUUUUUUGAUAUAUUGAGACUAAAGUUAGAAUACUUUUAGUUAAGAUCAUUCAAGAAAGUUUUAAUUUUUGUUUUAGAAAAGCUGUUAUAUAUAAAAAUGUAUGCUAUAGGCAAGAGGAAUUUAACAAUAAAAUAUUUUUUAGAAAUUAAAAAAUAUAUUAUUUAGCAGUCCCCAUGAAAUGCAACAUCAUUAAUCUGUAGCUAUUCACUAUAACCCAUACAUAAGGAGGUGAGGUGGUGAAGGUUUAACUCUCAUCCCCCAGAGUUAUUGGAUACUUGAAAUUGAAGACCAAUCAAAUUGAUAUUCUAAAAUGGAAACACACACAACAUAUAUUUCAUUAUUUCCAAGAAAAGAAAAAUUACUCCUUUUUACAGUUAUUGUACUUUUACAUAUUCAGUAUGCAUAAUGCAAACUGCCUUAAAUUUUUUGUAAUGUGACAAUGGGGCAGUAGAAUAAAUUGUAAAAAAUUUGUGCUAUACAAGUUACUUGAUAUUCAGAUUGAUAACAGAAAAAAAUCACAUUGAUUUUUGGGGUCAUUAAUUAAAAGUCUGUUUAUGAUUACACAUGUAUGUGAGUUGUGUAAAUUUUUGGGAAAAUAAAUUUUGAUAGUAUUUCUACUAUCUUGUUAAUUUGUAAUUACCAAAGUUUAUGGUAAAUUUCUUUUUUUAAUUUUAGUAAGGAAUUCUGUUGUGUUUCAAAAUCGAAAAUCAAGUUUUCAGACGUCUUAUUAUUUUUAUUUAAAGUUUCUCUUUUGUUAAAAAUGAUUUCAAAUUCAUUUUAAAAAUGAAUGUAGCUAAUUAUAAAAUUUAGAUUUUUGUAAUUUUAAUAAUAAAAAAUAAAUAAUAAAUUUUUUUACUUGUUUUUAGUUCAUUAAAAAAAAUUUGCUUCACAAGUAGUUUUGGCAGUGAAGUUUUCAAAGCAAUAUUGGAUGCUUUUCAUUUUUACAUGUGUAAUUACAAUGAACAGCAGCUAAUGGCAGCAUAAUAGACUUUUAUAUAGAUAUUAUAAUGUCUUGUAGAUCUUUUUUCAUCAAGCAAAAUCUUGCAUUAGCUGUAUAUGUGAUUUGAUUUUAAAGCAACUUUACAUACUUUGUGAGCAUUAUAAAUAUUUUAAUUUUUUUUUAUUUUUUUUUUAUUAAUUUGUUGAUAAAGAAAAAUGAUUUAAGAAAUAUUUUAGUAAAGUAAUAAUUACAAAAAAAUAAGGUAAUAGUUAUUACUACAGAUAUAUGAUAUUUGAUCAAAGUAAAAUUUUUCUAGCAUAUUUGUUUUUGAAAGAUAUCAACCAUCAACCUAUCUUCAAUAAAAUGACACUGUAUAGCCAAAAUCUUCCAACUUAAAAUAUACCCCAGAUACCACUAAAUAGACAUCAUUUUUAAGUAUUUGCUUUAUAACUAUAUUAUUUUUUCAUCUUGUUAAUUAUUCCUAAUUACUAAUUUUGUUUAUAUAAAAGUAUUUUGAAAAGUUAUAGAUUUUACAAGAAUACCUUUUUUUUUAAGACUAGUUGUAGCUCUAAACUUUUCAAAUACUAAAGAAAGUGUUUGUUAUCUUUCCACAUUUAAACUAUUUGAUGUAAAUUUUUAAAUUAUAUGUCAAUUCAUAUUUUUUAUGAAUACCAACAUUUUUUAUUAAAAAUUUUAUUGUAUUCUUAAUAUUCCACCCAACAUGUUUCUUGUUGUUUCUUUCUUAGCAUUAUUUCAUAUUCUUAAACACCAUUUUUAAACAUUAUCUUUCUUGCUUGUAUAAUACUUUAAAAAGAAACCAGAUUUUUUAACAAUUACAAUAAUUAUUAAUAGUUCUUCAAAUUUGUAUAAAGUCACUAUUUUACAAUAUGAAUAUUUAUCUUUAAAUCAUGCCACUACAUAUAGUACACCUAGACUUAAACAAAGUGCACUAUACUAAAUUUUGUGUUUUCAUUAAUCGAUAUGUAUAGAAAUAUUGAGCUAUCUUAUAACAUUUUUAUGUACCAGUUAUUAAAUUAUAUAUUUAUUGUUUUUAACUGGUUUCCAUUGUUUAAAAAUGAAUUACUGUGUAAUAUUGUAUUACUUGCUAAUGUACUUAGAUGGCUGUGCUUAUUGAGAUGUACAUUCCAUUUGAAGCUUUUGUCCUCUUCAUUUCUUGGUAGCCUAAGUGGUACAUUUACAGGCUGAAAACAAAUAAAUUGAUCUAUUCAAAUG